CGAUAAAUAUCCUUCCGUUCUGUAUUUCUUUCAGAAGUUUUAUCGUCAUGCUACAAUCGCAGUGGGUGAAAGUUCGAUCCCACAUGGCCCGACUGCCGGCCCUUGUGGAAAGAAUUCUUUAUGAUCCACGUUUUCCAUUGCCGAUAAUGUUUUGUCUUUUCCUGGCAGAAAUCGUCGUUAAUUACUUUAUUAUAAACGAAAUAAAAUAUACAGAAAUUGACUGGCGUGCAUAUAUGCAAGAAGUUGAAGGUGUUGUAAAUGGCACAUACGACUAUACAAAAUUAAAUGGGGACACUGGACCUCUGGUAUAUCCCGCUGGAUUUGUUUAUAUAUUCUUAGGGUUAUAUCACCUCACAGAGAAAGGGACUAACAUCCGCCUGGCACAGUAUAUAUUUGCUGCUAUUUAUCUAGUUACACUACUUGUUGUCUUUGAUAUCUACAGGCAAUCAAAACGAAUUGCUCCUUACUUUUUCCUCUUCAUGUGCUGUGCAUCCUAUCGAAUCCACUCCAUCUAUGUGCUUCGUCUCUUCAAUGACCCAAUUGCCAUGUUGCUUUUCUUUAUCUCUGUUUCACUUUUCAUCAGAGACUACUGGGGUCUUGGAUGUUUAUUCUACAGUUUUGGUGUUUCAGUCAAAAUGAACAUACUUCUCUUUUCACCGGCUCUCCUCCUCCUAUUAUUGGUGAGGCACGGCAUUUUAAAAACUAUCUACCACUUAAUAAUAUGUGCUCUUCCUCAGAUCGUACUUGCGCUACCAUUCCUCAUAGAAAAUCAUGUUGGGUACAUUGUGCGUUCUUUUGACCUUGGUCGACAAUUUCUUUUCCAAUGGACUGUCAACUGGCGGUUUCUACCAGAGGAUAUCUUUCUGAAUCGUUAUUUCCAUAUAAGUCUUCUUGUCUUGCACAUUUGUGUCCUACUUCUUUUUAUACAAUGUCGUUGGAAAUGUAUGAUUCCACCAAUAAACUGGACUUUAUCCUCAAAGAAACAGAAAAAUCUUGGACCAAAUCAGAUCAUUCUUCCUUUAUUUUCUGCAAAUUUCAUAGGAAUGUGUUUCAGUCGAUCUCUCCAUUACCAGUUCUAUGUCUGGUAUUUCCAUACUCUCCAUUACUUACUUUAUGCCAUUAAGUUACCAUUCAAAUUACUUAUUCUUGGAAUCAUUGAGCUCUGCUGGAAUACAUACCCUUCAACUAACUGGAGUAGUGGUCUUCUUCAUUUAUGCCAUUGUAUACUUUUAUAUCAAAUGUGGCAGAGUCCAAUUUAUUACCCUAUGUGCCUCCACAUUAACUGUAACUGUGAGAAAGAGAAAAAGUCAAAAUAAUAAAGAAAAAAUACAUGUGAAAGAAAACCAUUAUCAUUUUAAACUGUUGAAAAUUUGCAGUGACAGCAAAACUAAUUUUUUGAAAAUCUCAGUGUGAGUUGUUAUGUACUAAUAUUUGUUUGUAAAAUAUAUUUUAUUAAAAAUA